AUGGUGUUCAACGUACUUAUACACACGCCUUACGCUCUAGAAAGACACUUUUACCAGCAUAGCUGGAAAAAGAAAUGGGGGUUUGACCCUUCGAUUCAGUCGACUUCAGAUUACUGCCGCCCCGCCAGGUCACUUAUUGAGGUCGCUGCUAGUCGCGGAGAUGAGGUAACCAUCCGUGAGUUGCUCUCUAAAGGACAUGGCCCUUUUGGACUUAGGGACAACGCAAAACCUCACCAUUGGUUAAACCCAUACCACCGCCUCAGCCACCUCCGUGGUCUCAUGCCAAUGAUCGCCGCUGCGAAGAGCCGGCAUGUCGGCGCCGCACUUGCUCUGAUCAGGGGACACUUCAAGUGUGAUGCAGUCAGGUGGCUCUUGAUCAUCGGAACGGUCCUAGAAGGCAGAGACCAACAGCAACCCCACAGACGACAUGUCAACCCGAAACCAUCUUCUACGUCAAGUAUUGAUGCAGACGAUGGAGAACGGCGGGUCCAGCGUGACAGAGAUGUCAAAUUCUGGCAGGAGUUGAUCGACGCAGGGGUUCUGGAUCUGCAACAUUCUGCCAAAGGAUGCCAAUGUUCCGAAACACCAAUGGCAAUGGCGGCGACUCAUCCCACCCGUAUGGCAAUAGAGGCUGCCAGGAACUUCGUCUGCGAGCGGCUCGUCAUCCCUUCCAAUGCCGAAUACCGUGAAUGUGGAGACCAGUCGGACGCUGGAUGGAACCCACGGCAAUUUCCCGAGGAUAUAAGAACACCAACUGGUAUUAUAUUGUCCUAG